AUGUCAAGAAAAAGAAUUGAAGCUCCUCCUUUGACAGAUCGAUCUCAGUAUAGAAGAAUUAGUUAAAAAAGUGUAGAUGAAUUAAAUUAGGUAAGAUUAAAUCAAAUUUAGACUCUUCAUGCUAGAAUAAAUAGUAUGGUUGGACUAGAUGAAUAGCUCACAAAUAAAAUAAAACAGCUUUAAUCAGCUUCUCUUACACCAAAAGACUUAUCAUCAAUAAGUUUAUCAUUAUAAGAUAUGGUGUGCACAUUAUAAAAGGUUUCUUAUAAUGAAAUAAUGUAUAAUUAAUUAGUAAGAGAAAAUGAAAAAUUGAAAAAUGAAUAAUCUUAUUUGAAAGCAUAAUUAUUUAAAUUUAAUUCUCUAAUCUAAAAAAUGUAAAAAGAACAUUAAGUGCUAUUAGAGAAGAUUAAGUCAUAAGAAAUUGAUAUUAAUAAUUUGAAUAAAAAGCUUUUAGCUGAAUAAAAAGUAAAUGAAGAAACUAGUAAUAUCUAUAUUGAAAUAUUUAGCAAAAAAAUUAAGAAGAUCAGAAUAAAGAGUUUAAAUAAUUUUAGAGUCAAAUAUCACUUUAUAAAAAGAUCAAUUGAAAAAUAAUUUAAUAGAAGCAUUAUCUGAAAAUGAACAUAUAAAAAAAGAUGCAAUUUAAAAAUAAAAAGAUUAUUAAAAGUAAACUAAUUAACAUAAUAGUAAAGGCUUUAGAUGGCAAAUAAUGUACUAAAUUAAAAGUUGUAAAGAUUAAACAAUAGAUUUUAUAUAAGUGGAAAAGCUUAAAAUGAAGAAGAAUUUAUAGAUUAAGAGAAGAUGGUGAUAACUUUUACAGAAAUUCCAAAAAAUUUUGUAUUUCGUCAUGUAUUUUAAAAUUAAGAAUGCAAAUGUAAUUAUUAAAAUAAGGAUAGAAUUUAUUUAAUCUGCAUUAGAAUUCUCUACAGAAGAUUUCAUUAUGCAUGUAAAUUCAUUAAAUUAAGAAAGUAAGAAAAUGCAAUUAACUUGGUUAUUUAAUCAUAUGGUAAAUUAUAGAGAUUUCAGUUUGGCUCAUAAUACUUUUAUAGUAAAAUUAUCAUAAUUAAUAUAAUUAACUAAUUUUGAUGAAAUGUAUAGUUUUAUAACAACACUUUCUGGCUUUUUUAAAGUUUCUCAUAUGUAUCUUUGGCUUAGAGAUUUUUAAACUGGUUUUUUCAUAAAUGUGAGUGAUGGUAAAUAGAGGAAGAUAAUGUGUACAAAAGGAGCAUUCAGAGAUAGUCUUGAAUCAAGAGAAUCAGUUAAUAAAUUAACAGCUCAUAAACAUAUGAUGUAUUAAAAUGAUCGAGGAGAAGAUGUUUUUUAAGAUAAUACUUAUAUCUUUCCAGUAAUCACAGAUUAAGCUUUACCUGCUGGUGUAAUAGAGUUUUCUCAUCCUACUCAUAGUAAUAAUUAUAGUGAUAUAUAAUAUUUUGCAUCUAUCUUAGGAUUAUUCGUUAAAUUAACAAUUUAAAAAAUUGAUGAAGAUAACCAUUAAAGAUCUUUAUUAAAAUAAAUAGAUAUAUUGCAGAAUGAAUUUUUGAAGUUAAUGAAGGCUAAUGAUAAAUUUCACUUUUGUGAGUUGGUUAAAGACAUGUAAAACAAAAUAUUGUAAUUGUCAACUAGUGAAAUUGUUUUUGUUGAAGAUGGAUGCUUAUGGAAAUAUUAUAAAUAGGAUAUUAAAAAAUUGGAUAAUAUUGCUGGAGUAUGUGGAUAAGUAGCUAUAAAUUAAGCUCCUGCUUAUUUUGCUAAUAUAUCAAGGGAACUCAAUUAUAAUGAGAUUAUUGAUAUGUAUUCUAUUGCACCUAUUUUCAUUUAUCCUAUUAUUCAUAAAAACAAAACUUAUGCAAUGAUUUAGUUAUCUUUAACAAAUAAAUAAAUUGAUAAAUAUCGAUUCAAAGAUCCUUUAAUUAGUUUAACAUAGUUAUCAAAUUAAGCUAGAUUAUUUUGUGAAUAUGUUACAACAGCUUACAUUAAUAGAUUUUUAUGA